GGAGCUGCGUGCUUGUGAGUAUCACGUGCAUGUGAAGUGGUGUAACCAAUGGAAGAAGGUGCAAUGGUGCGCGAAAGGCUCCACUUCUAACCACAACCACAGGACAUAUUCGCAACCUAUCCAUUAUGGGUAUGAUAAAAGACAGGUUCCUACUCAUACUUCUGUUGGGUCUAUCAAGUAUCUUGCUGUACUACCCGUUUCACCUCGAACAGCAAGUGCUCAAUUUGAUGGCUGAAGCACACAAAAUGCCAUCACCUCCCACUGUACAAACAGAACUUCGACCGCCGCCGUUCGUUGUCGAAUCACCGAACCCGAAUCAAAAUACUCUUGUUUUACUUCAUGGAACAUCAUCUUGGGGAGUUCCGUUUGCCCAGGAGCUCAUGGCGCUGGUUCACUUUGAUGUAUUACUCCCAUACACUAAACUCAUUUUUCCAUCGGGAACCCUGCGAAAGACUACUGUUUUUGGUGGGAAUUUGACUAAUGCUUGGUUCGACAUUGCCGAUUUCUCGGACCGGACGAUAGGAGAAGAGGAACAGAAGGAGGGGCUAAGAGAAAGCGUGGAGUAUUUGGGCGAGCUCAUUAAGAAUGUUGUGGACAAUGAAUCUCAUGAUGAAGAUGGAAAAGUCUUUGUGGGAGGUCUUAGUCAAGGAUGUGCUAUGAGCGUAGUUUUAUUACUAAGUGGAGAAUUGGAUCGAUUGGAGGUGUUGCACAAGAUUGGAGGGUUUGUAGGGUUCAGUGGAUGGUUGCCUUUUGCGAAACAAAUUGCUGAAGUUGCUGCUGCUGGAAAAGAUUGGAGACAAAAGAGGAUUCUUGUUCAGAAUUGGUUAAGAUGUGAGUUGGGUCUGCCAUCUCUGCAACCCCGAGAUGAUAUGUUGGUAGCUACAGAAGGAGAUAUGAAGAUUUUCUUAGCCCACGGUACAAAUGACACGAAAGUAAAGUUGGAGUGGGGUGAAGAUAUGAAGAAAGUAUUGGAGAUUGUGGGGUAUAGUGUUGAGUGGAAACUCUAUGAAGGUUUAGGACAUGUCAUUAUCCCAGAGGAACUGACUUACAUGGCGUCUUUCAUAAGGACGUAAUUAGCUAGCUAAGUUGUCGUCGCUUAUCAGCCCUCUUCGCCAGGUCUGUUGCCUUGUUUCAAAAUCCUUAGGGAUGGUCAUCAAUCUUCUAGCCGACCAAAACUUUUUGGCCCGCUGUUUACCUGUUGUAUAAGCUAUAUAAUAAAGUCUGUUGUUUCAUUCUAUUUCAUUUCAUUUUCAUUGUCAAACAAUAAUCAUUCACUACCAGCUAGCUA